AAACUUUCUCUAGUGCCGAAAACGGAGAAAAUUCCCUCAGCCAGAUUUUUGCUCCGUUACCUGAAAUCCCCCAGGAUCAAAAUGCUGCAGAAUCCUGGGAAGUGUUAGAAGAGGAUCUGAUUGAACUCUGCACUCUGGUGACCGAGUUUUCCCUGCUUGUUAAUACCCAGCAGGAGAAAGUCGACCGGAUCGAAGAGAACGUCUGCACUGCCGUCGCGAAUGUGGAGGAGGGGACCCAGAGUUUAUCCAAGGCUGCGACCUACAAACUGGCCGCCCUCCCGGUGGCUGGCGCCCUCCUGGGGGGGAUCGUGGGGGGGCCCAUCGGGCUCCUGGCCGGCUUUAAGGUGGCCGGACUGGCGGCGGCUUUGGGAGGCGGCGUGCUGGGCUUCACCGGCGGAAAACUCAUUCAGAGGAAGAAGCAGAAGAUGAUCAAGGAUCUCUCCUCUCCCAGCUGCCCCGAUUUGCCCGGGCGGAGCGACCAAGGGGGCAGCUGAGGACCGGGGGGUAGGGGGGCCCUCAAGCCGUCUUGGCUGGCAUCACGGCUGCCCGCCUGGGACAAGCAUCUUUCUUCCCCUGCUGGAAACGUUUCCUGUUGAGAAUGUGAAAGGGACAAAAAAGUCACCCUGGAAAAACUUUCUGACGUGCGCCAGGGGAAGGCGGCAAGCGUGGCACGCUUUGGCACACCUCACCCGCGGCGUGGGAAGGUGAGCUCCGAAGGGAUGUCUCCCACCUGUUUUCCUUCCUCUUUCAGGGACUCUUCUCCACAGUGUUCACCGAAUGCCUUUUUUCCCCCCAGGUUAAAAACGGAAAGAAAGCCGCCCAGGUGGCCCUUUUUCAGUCUCUGGAUACUUCCGUUCGUCCCGAGCGCACAAAUCCUGUGGGUUUUGGUUUUUUUAACACUUGUCGGUUUUAAUGCUCCUGGACUCUCGGGAGCUGAAUUUGCGG